AUGAACAGUCUUGUGUUAGAAGGAUUUUUAACUGUGUGCGAUGUAAUACAAGAAGUUUUGAGGAAAAAAUUGAAAAAUAGGAGUACAAAGAGAAAGAGAGUGUGGAUAACACCUCUAUUAAGUCAACGGUCUUUGUUAGGAGCGUCAGUGUUGUUGUGUAAUGAAUUCAAAACUGACGAUGAUUUUUUAUUAUUUUUUAGAAUAGAUAAAAACCAAUUCGAAUGGUUACUGAAUGAAAUAUCUCCGAUUAUAGAAAAACAAAACAGUACAUUCAGAGAGUGUUUAAACGCUAAAAUAAAACUACAAAUAACUUUACGUUUUUUAGCAACAGGCGAUUCUUACAAAAGUCUUGAGUUCUUUUUUAGAGUUUCUGACAGUGCUAUAAGUUUAUUUAUUCCAGAAGUAUGCGAUGCCAUUUCUGAGACGUUAAAGUCAUUUAUCGAGAUCCCGAAAACAGAAGAAGAUUGGCUUAAAAUCGCUAAAGGUUUCGAAUUGAAAUGGAAUUUCCCAAUUUGUAUUGGAACACUUGAUGGUAAACAUAUUGUGAUUAAGGCGCCACCAAACACUGGGUCAGAUUUCUUUAAUUAUAAAAAAAAUUACAGUAUAAUAUUAUUAGCUUGUGUAGAUCACGAUUAUUGUUUUACGUAUAUUGACAUUGGUGCAAAAGGCAGAGAUUCAGACGGCGGUGUUUUUGAUCAUUCUCCCUUGAAAACGGCAAUUGAUAACAAUGCUCUUAAUAUUCCUGAAAGAUACGUGUUCGUAGCUGAUGCUGCAUUCCCACUCAAAAAUUACUUAAUGAAACCUUACCCGGGUCAUGAUCUUACUGUUGCUGAAAAAAUAUACAACUAUCGACUAUCGAGGGCUCGGGGGAUUGUCGAAAACGCCUUUGGCAUAUUGGCUUCGCGAUUUCAAAUAUUUGGAAAACAUAUCAAUUUACAUAUUGGAAAUACGGAGAAAGUCGUGAAAACAUGCUGCUGUCUUCAUAAUUGGCUGCGUAAAACAUCCCCUGCACAUGCACACUUUGCAUAUUCAAAUACCUGGAGAUCUAAUUUUCUAUCAUUUGUUGAAGAAAACAAUAUGGACUGUAGUGAAGCAAGACAAAAACGAAAUGCUUUACGUGAUUUUUUUAACAGUGAUACUGGCGCUGUUUCUUGGCAAACAAAUUGUCUUCAAUAAAUAAAUAAAUAAAUAAUAUGUAAUUACUGUGUUAAUUUAAGUGAAUAAACUUGCUUACCAUAUUUGUAUUUGUAUGUCUUUUACAUGUAUAUGUCCUCAAAAAUCCA